CAAUUCACUCGAAUUAUAAAAACGGCUACGUGCCAUCGAGAUUAAAUCAGUUGUUGCAUCACAAGUCGAAUAAGUGCAUCUUUGGUGAAGUGUCCACAGAGAAGAAUUACCACGGAGGACUUUAGUUAUUACGUUAAACUCUAUACAGUGUGCAAUGAAUAAGACAUCAGUGGCGGUAGUGCUAUUCUCGCUGAUAGCACUGAUAAACGCUCAAUGUUCGUGCCAAUCGAAACCCCCUGUGGAUAUAAAAUAUCCAGGCGAAGCUUGCGAAUGUAGUCGCCAGUUACCCAUUCGUAUGGAAGUGCCGAAAAUCACUGAACAUCGGGAUGCACAUUACGAUUACGGAUUUACGAUUGAACGACCACAAGAAGCACCGGCUGAGGUGAAGUACACAUUCGAUUUCCAUAUGGAGAAACCGAAACCGCUACCAACAGCCUCAUUGGCAACAUAUGCAUUUGAGGUACAAAGGCCUGUUGAGAAAGCAGCUGAACAACCUCGGUACACCUUCGACUAUCAAAUUCAGACGCCGGUUGUUGCUAAAAGUGGACCAUCUAACUUAGAAGGAUUAUUCGCUCACGUGGACAAAGUUGUGAUUCAAAAGCAAGAUUGUCAAGACAAGAACAGUUGUCAGUGCAGUGGCUUUAAGCCAACAAUUGAUCUCCUUCAACGCUGCCCAAAGCAUGGACAUCUCUAUCAAUACGGAGGACCACUCUUCCCCAACCAACAAAGGGCACCAUGGUAUUGAAGUGGAGUUUAUCCAUCCAUGUAGGUGAUUCCCCUGAUGUGAUCGUAACGUGAUCACAUUGUGUUGUGUGCUUAGUUUAUGACUAUUGGAAUAAAAAUUUUGUUUUCGAUAAAAAA